AGGGUAAGGCAUCGCACCACUUAUAUGCCUAUAAUGAUCUUUCAAAACCUUUCCAGUGUUGGCAAAAAAUCUUGCAGGAAUAAAUCGUCUUAGUGGACAGAAUUAGAGGGGAAGGGUUUGGAGCCAGAGUAGGAUUAAGGAAAAUUGCGUGAAAUAAAAAGCGAGUGAUCACGAGUGACUCUGUUCGUGGCUGUUUCUGGAGGGAAGGAGGGAGGGAGAGAGAGAGAGAGAGAGAUUUUCAUCCAAAUCCAUAUCUAUUUUUUUAAUCCUCGUCUGUGCGUAAACGCUGGUUGCAGCCUUCGCAAGGAGACUAUUUCACAAUGCAACGCUUUUAAUCAUCUUUACGCAAUCCUCACCAUUUUGAGUGCGCAUUUGUUUUAAACUUCAGUCUUCUUUCCGACACUUAGACAGCAUCAUGACCAGUUUGUGGAAUCGCAUACCUUUGGAAUGGUGGGAAUUACGAGGCGAGCUGCCGGAGAGCAUGUAAACGCAAAUGGAGUUUGGGAUUUAUUGCAAAAUAUGGGAAAGAUGACCGUCUUGUCUUUGUGUUUUCUCUUGUGCGCUGAUCUACUGCAAGUAGCUGUUGGAUAUCUGACGGUAACGAUAGAGCCAUUGCUACCAGUUGUUGUGGGAGAUACAGUGACUCUAAAGUGCAACUUCAAGACAGAUGGAAGAUUGCGAGAAAUUGUUUGGUACAGGGUUACUGAUGGAGGCACUAUUAAGCAGAAGAUUUUUACGUACGAUGCUAUGUUCAAUACAAAUUACUCCCAUAUGGAGGAUUACCGGAGACGGGAAGACCUGGUGUAUCAAUCAACAGUCCGGCUUCCAGAGGUCCGGAUCUCAGACAACGGACCUUAUGAAUGCCAUGUAGGAAUCUAUGACCGAGCGACACGGGAGAAGGUCGUCCUGGCAUCAGGGAAUGUCUUGCUUACGGUCAUGUCUCCACCCAACAACAUCUCAGUUGUGGCAGAGAACACGCCAGCACCAUUCAGCCGCUACCAGGCCCAGAAUCUUACUCUGGUCUGCACUGCCAAAGGAGGCAAACCGGCUCCAUCGAUAUAUUUCAAGCGGGAUGGAGAGUUGAUAGAGGUGAUCUCCUACGUUUCAUCCACCGUGGGUUACGAGGGCGGUGGCUCGGCUGGCGUACGUGGAGCCAGACCUCUGAUCAGCAGGGAUCUGGAUGACACUAAGAUGAGGAAGUCUCUAUCUCUGCUGGGUCCGGAUGGCAGGCCCGGACGCCUCUACACAGAGAGCCCUGGGAGGAGCUACAUGGCCAGACAGCCCGGUCAAGAGCCCAGCCCGGCCACAGAGACCAUCCCAGAGACAGUGGUCAGCCGAGAGUUCCCACGGUGGGUUCAGAGCACUGAACCCCUGUACUACUUCAGCAACAUGCAAAUCCCCCAGAGCGAUGGGUCUGUGCUGGUUCAGGCCAAGCUCACCUGGACUCUGAAUCCGCAGUUGGACAACGACGCCCUGUUUAGCUGCGAGGUCACACACCCAGCUCUCUCCAUGCCUAUGCAGACUGAGGUCAUACUGGCGGCUCCUAAAGGCCCCAAGCUUUUGAUAACCCCUGCCAGGGCAAAGGUAGGGGAUACGGUUCGCAUCACCGUCCAAGGUUUCCAGGUAGGAUCUCCAGUGAAUGAGGUGUUUCCUGAGCCUCUGUUCACCUGGACGCGGGUAGGCAGCAGAUUGCUGGACGGCAGUGCCGAGAGAGAUGGGAAGGAACUGGUGUUGGAGCGAGUGCCUGCGGAACUCAAUGGCUCCAUGUACCGCUGCACAGCCCAGAAUCCACUGGGCUCCACUGACACACACAUACGCCUCAUUGUUUUUGAAAACCCAAGUAUGAUGAAAAACACACAGAAUCCGAACAAUGGAGCUCCUGGUUUGCACAAGCUUGGACUGAUAUUCCUGCCACUUAUUCUCACAGUGACUGUUGAACUGACGUGAAUAUCCUCGAUUCAACUGCACACAACACACCUCCUCUCCAGUCAGGCCCACACACACUCACACACGCACACAAGCCAUCUCCAGACCCUGAAUAAACCUACCAUGCUUUCAUCUGUGGGAGAACCUGAAUCCACAACACAACUUUUUUUGUGAAAACACACACACACUAAAAGAUCCAGAUGGAGAUUAUAAUAUCGCUGAUUAAAAAAUAAGAUGAAAUGAAAGCACGCUGAAUAUGAGAACAAUCACUUCUUUAUUGUCUGCCCCACCACACAGACACUCAGUGUUUUUUUGUUUUUUUUUUACUUGCCUGUCAAUCAACAGAGACCUGUCAUCCGGAAAAGCUAAAAGUCUAUUGGUGUUUGAGAUGAACAGAAAUAUCCUAUGCUGGAGUGUGGAGAAAAGACAUAAAGGAAUUGUAAGUCACUGACAAUGCUGACUGUCACUUCAACUUCAACUAGCCGCCCUUGAGUUGCCUCCAUUAGAAUUAGGGUACUGCACACUGGCACAAACAGGACUCAAACACGCCCCCUUUUUAAGGACUGCGCCAUUUGUGUUUUUUGGAUCUCAGUAUUUUUCCAUUUACUUUUCUUGAAUGGCUCUCGGCUGGAAUGUAAAAAAAAAAAAAAAGAGAGACAAUACUAAACGUCCUGUGACAUUUUAUUGCAAAGAAAUGGAAGAUCCUCUUUUUAAGUGUAUUUUGUGUACAUCCCUGUAAAUAAUGAAAAGUAUAUUACAGAGCAGAAAACAAAAAAUAAUUAAUAGAGGUUCGCGGGGGAUGCAAGGGGGAUAUAGCAGAUAAUGGCUUUAUUGCGUGCAUCUGGCCAUCCCGUACUGAAAUCCAACCCAGGCUUUUAGAAAAAGGUGAAAUCAGUGGCCUUUCUACGGUCUGAUUUCAUGUGUUCAGUAUCUGUGACAUCUGUGUGACUGUUUUCAACCGCAGAGGAAAGACGACAGCUUUUCUCGGGGGUUGUUGGUGCAUGUGACGUUCGAAGAUGAUUUCCCCUCCUCAUCUGUUUGUCGCAUACCUGUCCUUAAGUUUUUGUUGCAUAUUCAGUGACCUGCAUCGUGUACAGUCCUUCUCUCUAAUCUAACAGUUACUGCUAGGAUCAUGUUAGCCACCAUUAUGACCCCUCCAUCCCCAGAGGACGUUCAAGUGAAGCCAAGUGUAAACAGGGUUGUUGCAUUUGUUUCAUACCACCUGUAUUAAAAAUGGAGAUGAUCAACUUAAAA